UUGGGCAUCAGCCAGAGGUACAGGGACCAUGUCUUCCUCCAUUAAAAUUGAAUCUGUUGUGAAAGAGAAGAAUAGGAUGGGAGAGUGUCCAGUCUGGGAAGAAAGGGAGAAUGCACUCAUCUACGUGGACAUUAAUUCACAGAAAGUUUGUCGCUGGAGCCCGCUCACCAAUGAGGUGCACAGUGUGUCUGUGGAUGCCCGCGUCAGCUCAGUGGCACUGCGGCAGUGUGGGGGUUAUGUCAUCACCCUGGGCACUAGGUUUGCUUUUCUGAACUGGGACACCCAGGAAGUCACCACCAUCGUUGAGCUUGAGCAGGAUAAACCCAACAACAGGUUCAAUGAUGGCAAAGUGGAUCCAAAGGGGAGGUAUUUUGCAGGUACGAUGGCUGAGGAGACGGCACCAGGGAUCCGAGCAAGGCGGCAAGGCUCUCUCUAUACUCUUUUCCCUGAUCAUUCAGUAAUAAAGCAGUUAGACCAGGUGGACAUCUCCAAUGGUCUGGACUGGUCCCUGGACCACAGGACCUUUUUUCACAUUGAUAGCCUGGCAUAUGCUGUGCAUGCCUUCAGCUAUGAUGAGCACACUGGAAGGAUUGCAUGCCCCAAACUUCUGUAUCACCUGGAAAAGGAGGAGAAAAUGCCAGAUGGGAUGUGCAUAGAUGCAGAAGGGAAGCUCUGGGUGGCCUGUAUUGAUGGUGGGAGAAUCAUUCGUAUAGACCCAGAAACAGGAAAAAGAAUCCAAACUGUGAGGAUGCCUACUCCAAGGAUCACUUCUUGCUGCUUUGGUGGAAAAGACUACUCAGAAAUGUAUGUGACUUCUGCCUAUGAUGGACUGGAUGAGAGCACCUUAGCCAAGGAACCUCAUGCAGGAGAGAUUUUCAAAAUAACAGGCCUGGGUGUCAAAGGCAUCCCACAGAAUUGCUAUGCUGCUUGAGCCUUG